CUGAUAAGCUGAAUCUAUUUGAUAGAUCUAUUUUCUUCAGACAGCACAGCACAAAUUCGCACAGUGAUCUAGCAGUAGCAGGGGUUCAUCUACCUCGACGGGCCUGGAGAGCUACACAUUAUUGGAGAAUCUUGAUAUUGAUGAUGAGGUGUUAAAUUACAUGGAAGAAAAGUUACCCUAUUUUCCCUUGUGACAAUCUGUUAAAGCCCUUAAAUUUCAGAACCCCCAAAACCAAAACCUAAUCGCUCGCAAAAAUGGCAUUCUCCAGAGCUCGCACAGCUUCCUUGACACUCCUCCACACAUUCCUCCUCCCUCCAAUCCGCCAUUUCAAUACCACUCCUCUUCAGUCUCGCAUAUCAUCAACGAUGAUGAUGAAUCAAAUGCAAACCCUCGAUAUCAGCUCCCAAAUCGGAAGCUGUAUGCCCUUAUCCAUGAUGCGAAUCGGAACCCUAAUCCACAACAUUGAGCUCAGACCGGGCCAAGGAGGCAAGUUGGUCCGAGCCGCUGGUACUUCGGCCAAGAUCUUGACGGUGCCCUCGAAGUCGACUAGGUUCUGUGAAGUGAAAUUGCCGUCCGGAGUGAAGAAACUGAUUGAUACCAAGUGUCGGGCUACGGUUGGGCAAGUGUCGAACCCGGAACAUAGAAAGAAGAAGUUGAGAAAGGCGGGGCAGAGUAGGUGGCUUGGGAGAAGGCCGGUGGUGAGAGGUGUGGCCAUGAAUCCUGUUGAUCACCCUCACGGUGGUGGGGAAGGGAGGAGUAAGAGUAGCGGGAGACAUGGUCGGACUUCGUUGACGCCAUGGGGGAAGCCGUGCAAGAGUGGGUAUAAGACUGGGCCACUCAAGCGCAAAAAGUAG